AUGCAGCUCAUCCCUUCACGAACGCUGAAAAAGGCCGGUCCUUCAAUCUCUGGACUAGACAUCUCCGCCCCUCUAGAGCUGACGCAGGACAAAAAGCCCAAACCUCAAGUCAUCCCAACCAAGAAGAGCAGCAACGACAACACCAACACGGCCUUUCCACCCGCGGAGACAUCCUGCAAACCAGCCACGCUCUCUACAUCUAUACCACCACCACCACCACCACCACCACCACCCCAGUCCCAAAAAAAAUUCGGACACUCCCUCGCACAACCCAAUGACCACCACCUUUCAUCCAUGCUCGUCACCGCCAUGCAAUUCGAAAUCAACGAUUUCCUCCACGACGUCCAAAACCACGGUUUCGUGCUUCCCGCCCAUGAAUCUUGCAUCACUCAUCGCUUGCAUGAAUUGGAAAUUCUCGAACAUGUUUUAAGUCCGAUUGCGGAAACGAGGGAUUGUCCUGGAGGUUGUAAUCCGUUGACUUUGACGUAUAGUCUUCCGAGGGCGAAUUGUUGGACGAAGCCGAGGGGGGGUUUUAUUGGAGGGGAUGAUGAUGGGGGGACUGCUUCACAAAUCAUGAUCGGCUACGUGACCGUCAUCCAUACGGUGUCGAUGGUUCCAAUUACGACAAUUGGAACUUCUGUCAGCUUUGUUGAGUUACCGACGAAUUGUGUCGUUGUGGACAGUGGUGUGUCCUGCUCGGGGCGAACGGCGACAUCGUCGACGCCUAUGGAUUUGACGAGCUCAUUGAGUACUGUGGCGCCUCCAAAUGUUGCGGGUUCUAGUACGAGGUCAGCAACGGCCACGGUCACCCUCACGACCAGCAGUACGAGCUCAACCAUUCCUGCGACUGCCUCCUCGCUGGAUGAAUCGACGAAAUCAGCGACCUCUCUUGGCCUUUCUUCUCACUCAUCAAGCAGUAUUCCCGCGAGUCCAAGCAUGUUAUCCACAACUUCUCUGACAAUACCGAUAAAUACUUCCACAGCAUUCCAUGCUCUGCAGUCUGAUUCAAAUCAAACUGGCCUCGCUCUCGGAAUCGCCUUCUCCAUCCUAUCGCUCUUUAUCGUGGCUGGACUACUAUUCGCGUGGAAGACAAACUCUUUUCCUUUCCGGCGAAAAAUCCAGCCCACCGAGGAAAACGGAGUAUCCCUGAAACAGAUGAAUGCGCAUGGCAAAGAGGAACGAUGGAACGAUCUGCCCGCUGUGCCCAUUGCAGGACUCUUUCGAGAAGGAAGCAGUACAACUAAAGAAGACUCGAUGAGUAGUUUGAUACAAAAGAGAACUGGGCCAGUAGUAGCUCUCGACUUCCUCGGAAAUGGGAAAGAUACCAAAAGACCUCGAGAAGAUCCUCCUCUUCUCCCACAACCAUUAUAUCAAUCUCCCGCUAGGCCCAACAUCAUGAGCAGCCCGGCGUCAUCACCACUCCCACAACACCCGUUAAAACCAAAACAAUCCAACUCGUUUACACAAACUUUCGAACACAGAUACCGCAAACAUCCUUCCACUCCUCCCCCUUCCUCCCCUCUACCUCCCAUCCCAGGAAAUCUCGAUAACAUCCUCGACAGCCCGUCACAAACUCCGCGAAGUCAUUGGUAUUGGCAGGGGCAGGAGAGGAAGAAGGAUGCAGCAGCUGCAUCAGGAGAAUUGGGAGCAUCUCAGUCUCGGGAUGAGGGAAAGUCUUCGUCGAUGUAUGGGAUUGCGGGAGAGAAUGCUGCGAGUCAUUGGAGUCUGGAGAGGGAAGUGGGGAGUCGGUCUUCGUUGGAGGGGGAUGAGCAGGAAGAUGAUGUUUGGAGGGAUGAAUUUCAUCGGGUUACGGGAUUUGAGCAUUUGGGGUUGCGGGAGGAGGAGAAGAGGAAAUGA